GAAAUACGUCACGUGACAAUCCCGGGCCAAUCAAGGCUCAAGUGAACACUGUCAUGGCGGUAACUAGAGAAAACCUUCCUGUCUAGGAAAAAGUUUACUCCAUGUAAAAACCGUGACGUAAAGAUAAAAUCAAGUUGAUGGUGGCGCGGAUGAAACUUGCCAUGGUUUGCCAACAGCUUGCUGACGAGCCCCCACUUGUCCAAGCGUGUUUCCAUGGCGACUCUAAUGAAGUGAGGGCUUUGUUGUACAAAAAGGAAGAUGUCAACUACCAGGACACAGAGAAGCGAAGCCCCUUGCAUGCCGCAGCCUACUGUGGUGAAGCAGAGAUUGCGGACCUCUUGAUCAUGAGUGGGGCACGCGUGAACACAAAGGACAACAAAUGGGUGACACCGCUACACAGAGCCUGCUGUUCCAGGAGUCAGGAAACUGUGGAGACACUGCUGCAACAUCAGGCAGAUGUGAACGCGCGUGACAAGAACUGGCAGACGCCACUGCAUGUGGCAGCAGCCAACAACUCUGUAAAAUGCGCAGAAUUUAUCAUCCCACUGCUGACGAACGUUAAUGUGUCUGACCGGGCGGGAAGGACAAGUUUACAUCACGCUGCCUUUAACGGUCACAGAGAGAUGGUUGAGUUGUUGUUGGAGAAAGGUGCCAGUAUAAACGCCUUUGACAAGAAAGAUCGUCGGGCUAUACAUUGGGCGGCCUUUAUGGGUCAUCAAGACGUGGUGCGGACGCUGGUAGAGCAUGGAGCUGAACUGAACUGUCGUGACAAACAGAUGUACACACCGCUCCACGCCAGUGUGACCAGUGGUCAGGUGUCUGUAGUGAAGCUGCUGUUAGAGCUGGGCGUGGAGGUAGACGCGGUGAACUGUUACGGGAACACCGCACUUCAUGUGGCCUGUCUCAACAGUCAGGACACAGUUGUCACGGAGCUGCUCAUGUUUGGGGCGUCCAUCAACGCCGUUAACAACAAAGGCCUGACACCUCUACACUACGCUGCAGCCUCCACACAUGGGGGAAUUUGUCUGGAGAUGUUAGUGUCCGAAGGAGCCAAAACAAAAGUCCAGUGUGAGGAUGGGCGUACCCCUCUACACAUGACUGCUUUGCAUGGUAGAUUUACCCGAGCACAGACUCUAACAGAGCAUGAUGCAGAGGUGGAGGCGUGUGACAAGAUGGGGAACACCCCGCUCCAUGUGGCGGCCAGGUACGGCCAUGAGUUGCUCAUCACCACCUUGCUGGAGAACGGAGCCAAUCCCAACAGACGAGGUUGUAAUGGCAUGAUGCCGGUGCACAUGGCAGCGCUGAACGGCUACGCCGACUGCGUGAAACGGCUGCUGGUGUCGAUGACCCACUUCAGCGUGAACACAACUGAUGACAGCGGUCGAAGCUGCCUGCAUGCAGCUGCCUGUGGAGGAAAUGUAGAGUGUGUGGAGUUGUUGUUGGCAAUAGGAGCUGACUUUGGACUUCAGGACAAGGAGGGGAGGAUCCCGCUUCAUUACGCUGCAGCUAACUGCCACAAACACUGUGCUCAGAUCCUGAUGGUUGCCGGGAGCGACCUGAACAUCACAGAUGAAAGAGGCUGUACACCAUUGCACUAUGCAGCCGCAGCGGAUGGGGAAGCUAAGGUUGUGGAACUGUUUUUAAAACAUGAUGCUCGCCCUGGCGUUCGCGACAAUGAGGGAUACAACGCCAUCCAUUAUGCAGCCCUCAACGGCCAUACCUGUAAACUUGCCUUAGAAAUGUUAAUGGAUGCAGCCCCGACCGACUUGUUACCUGUUGGAGCAGCCUACUCGCCGCUACAUCUAGCCGCGUACAAUGGGAAUACAGAAGCUCUGCAGAUUCUCACUAGCUGUAUCAUGAACCUGGACAUAAGAGAUAUGAACGGGAGGACGAUGUUGGACCUGGCUUGUUUCAAGGGUCAGACGGAGUGUGUGGAGUUGUUGUUGAAUCAGGGAGCUUCCAUCCUAGUCCAUGACUCUGUCAACCGGCGGACUCCUAUCCAUGCUGCAGCCAGUAAUGGUCACACAGACUGUUUAAAGCUGUUGGCAAGUAAAGCAGACGAGAGCAAUUUGCUUGACAGCCGGGAUGGAUUGGACAGGACGCCCUUAAUGCUGGCUGUGGGGAAUGGACACAUGGAAACUGUGAUGUACUUGUUGCGGAGCGGCGCAGACGUGAACGCUGCAGAUCAUUUGGGCAGGACAGCGUUACAUCGUGGGGCAGCCAAUGGUUAUGAGGAGUGCUCUGAUGCUCUUCUCCACCAGGGGGCCUCCAUCUCUGUCUGGGACAACAAAGGGAGAUCACCCUUACACAUGGCGGCCAUGUCAGGUCAUGUGGGAAUUAUGUCACUGCUUAUAUUUUGGAUGUUGUGUUUACAGGGAGGAUUGCUGGAGACACUGGAGGAUGCCAAGGGCUACACUCCCCUUCACUGGGCAGCUUACAACGGGCAUGACAGUUGCAUAGAGAUCCUGUUACAGCAUGAAGAACACAAACAUAUCUCUGGAAAUUUGUUCAGUCCACUGCACUGUGCUGUGAUAAAUGGAAAUGAUACGUGUACGGAGUUACUGGUGGACAACCUCGGGGAAAAAUGUGUCCAUGUCAGGGACAAACGAGACAGGACGCCGUUACAUGCCGCAGCCUACAGCGACCAUUGUGAAUCUAUGCAAAUUUUACUGACCCACGGUGCAGAUGUCCACUCCACAGACAGCACGGGCAAAACUCCUCUCAUCAUGGCAGCCAUGCACGGCCAUGUCCUGGCAGGAGAGCUGCUGUUGGAACAUGGCUCUGACAUCACUCAUGUGGACCAAGAAAAGUACACUGCCUUACACCACGCCUGCUUACAUGAACACGAAAAUAUGUCUUUGUUGUUACUAGACAGAAUAGAGGACUCCAACAUUGUGAAUCUUGCCAGCAACGACCUGAAGACGCCUCUGCACAUUGCGGCUAAGAAUGGAAUGGUGCCCAUUGUACAGGACCUCAUCUCCAAAGGCGCCAGUGUUUUCGCCCUAGAUGAAAAUGGCCACACCCCUGCCUUAUCGUGCGCCCCUAACAACCGUGUGGCGGACUGCCUGGCCCUCAUCUUGUCACAGAUGUUACCUUUUCAGACCCCAAACAGUUCCAUCCUGCGAGGGAACCGCUCAGAAAGCACAAACCUAGGAUUUGGUAGCAGCCGCACCCUGGACAAAGAUGACCAGGUGUCUACAGGCAGUGGGAAGGACCAGUCUUACCAAAGCUCUGAUUCCGAGUUUUACUGACAAAGUUCAGACCCCGAGGGCUCAGUGUUUUAAUGACAGACCCGGUAGAAUGUGUGGAAGGUGAAUGGGCCAUGAAUUAUUAGUCAUUCCCGCCAUCAUCAGAAUGGACCCCGGACCGUGCAUUGUGAAUUUCACAACAGGUACCCUUGUUACAGCAAGGCCCGUGGUCUAGUUUUGAGAGAUAUUUUUUGUGGCAGAGGAACCAAACAUCUGAGUGUUGUCAAAGGGGCUAUGCCAGACUUAAUGUACAUCGCAAGCAAAUAACAGAUUCUGUAUCUUAACCAAAAGGACACAAAAGGGGGAAAAUGGAGUUGGGAAUGUGGACAGCAUGACAUCAGAUAGCUGUAGUAUGGUUUUUGAUUUAUGUGCUAGGGAAGAACUCCACACCAGAAACUGUGAAUAUAUAAGGAAGGGGUGGAGGGGGUCGUAAUUAGGGCUGAUUUUUAUAGGGGUGGGGGAAUGAGUCCAGGCCCCAGGGCCACAAAGCUGUCUUUAAGAUAAACUUAAGUCAAACUUACAUCAAACAGUUUAAUGUGUUAAAAUUGUGAUUUACCUCAGUAGUGAGAGCUGUCUUUGUCCUGCACAAUAAAAUCAAAAAUUAGCAUUUUACUGUCCAGUCUAAGUUCAGAAAUAAUACCACAAGUUAAUGCUAUGCCAGACUUUAAUCUAUAAGAAAGCUUCUUGAUCUUGGGGCCAGGGGAUUUUGUACAGUUGUGAUUCUUAACUCUCAGGAAAAUCACAUUGCAAUGGUUAGAGCUUAAGCUGUAUGAAUGUUAUAUGCUCAAAAUAGGCCUGCGUCAGUUUGCCAGGCAGUGCUAGCGCAGGUGUGAAAGCCUCGAGUUGCAAUGCUCCCACGCAAUGCCCCGUUGUGGCAACCAACUCGU